AUGCUCACACGACCACUGUUGGCAAGGACUAUGGCGACGGCAACGAAAGGGAAAGAGAUACUGCCGCUUAAGGGAGUCAAAGUGUUGGAUAUGACUCGUGUUCUUGCUGGUCCAUACUGUACACAAAUCCUAGGUGAUCUAGGUGCAGAAGUCAUCAAAAUCGAACAUCCCACCCGAGGCGACGAUACAAGAGCUUGGGGUCCACCAUAUGCCCCUCACACCAACGGAAGUCCUUCCAACUCACCAACUCCUGGCGAAUCUGCUUACUUCCUCUCCGUCAACCGCAACAAAAAGUCUCUCGCUCUAUCCUUCCAAUCACCUUCUGGUGUGGAAAUUCUGCACAAACUUGCUUCCGAAUGCGAUGUUUUGGUUGAGAACUACCUUCCUGGCGCACUCAAGAAAUACAAAAUGGAUUAUGAGACGCUGAAGAAGGUUAACCCUAAAUUGAUUUAUGCGAGUAUUACGGGGUAUGGGCAGACGGGUCCCUAUAGUGAUCGCGCGGGCUACGAUGUCAUGGUUGAAGCUGAAAUGGGACUUAUGCACAUUACAGGCCACCGCGACGGCCCACCCGCAAAAGUAGGCGUUGCAGUCACUGACUUGACCACCGGCCUCUACACCUCUAACUCCAUCCUUGCAUCUCUGCUUCAACGCUCCAUCACCGGUCAAGGCCAAUGGAUAGAUGUUUCGUUGUCAGACUGCCAAGUCGCAACACUCUCUAACCUCGCCUCAUCCCACUUGAUUUCUGGAAAACCAGAUUCGGGCCGUUGGGGCACUGCACACCCUUCCAUCGUACCCUACAAAGGUUUUGAAACCUCUGAUGGCAGUGUUAUGAUUGGCGGAGGCAAUGAUCGUCUAUUUGGUGUCAUGUGUGACAAACUGGGCAAGAGCGAGUGGAAGCAAGAUCCAAAGUUUGUCACUAAUGCACAGAGAGUGGCGAAUAGAGACUUGCUUGAAGAGUUGAUUACCACGAUUACAAAGACCAAGACGACGCAACAGUGGCUAGAGGUUUUCGAGGGCAGUGGCAUGCCUUAUGCUGCUGUCAACGAUAUCGCGGGGACGAUGAGGCAUGAACAUGUCCUAGCAAGAGACAUGGUCAAAGAAGUAGACCAUCCCGCCUGCGGCCCCAUCAAACUCGUCAACACACCCGUCAAGUUCUCGGAAAGUACACCGGGGAUCAGAACGCCGCCGCCGACGUUGGGACAGCAUACUAGUGAGGUGUUGUUGCAGUUGGGAUAUUCUGAGGCAGAGGUUGAGGAGUUUAAGACCAAGGGUGUGGUUUCCUGA